ACGUACAGGAUCCCUCCGUCCUGCCGCAUGCGUCAUCAGCCUGUGUGUGAAGAUCCAGUUAAAAGGCUUUGAAGCCUCGGGGUAGAUUUUUAGAGAGGAUUCCCCUCUGCUGUCCCGCAAUGGAGGCCAUGGAGACGGACAUGGAUCUGGAUCUGGUGCAGAAAUUCAGCUGCAUGGGCACGACGGACAAGGACAUUUUAAUCACCGAGUUUCAGAGGCUGCUCGGGUUUCAGCUCAAUCCCGCCGGCUGCGCCUUUUUCUUGGACAUGACGAACUGGAACCUGCAGGCUGCGAUUGGAGCUUAUUAUGACUUUGAGAGCCCCAGCAUUACAGCUCCAUCGAUGUCUUUUGUGAAAGAUGUGACUAUUGGAGAAGGAGAGUCCAUUCCACCAGAUACACCUUUUACCAAGACCUGGAGGAUACAAAACACAGGUUCAGAAUCCUGGCCACCGGGAGUGUGUCUAAAGUACAUUGGCGGGGAUCAGUUUGGCCAUGUCAACUUUGUAAUGGUACGUUCACUGGACCCUCAGGAGAUGUAUGAUGUCAGUGUGCAGAUGCGCAGUCCUGUUGCUCCAGGAAUGUACCAGGGACAGUGGAGGAUGUGCACAGCCACGGGACUCUUCUACGGAGAUAUUAUAUGGGUGAUCCUGAGUGUGGAGGUCGGGGGCCUCCUGGGUGUGACGCAGCAACUGUCCUCCUUCCAAGCCGAGUUUAACAUGCAGCCUAACCGCGACGUCCAGAAAGACUACAACCCCUUCGCCUCCCCACAGAAGAACAAGCAGAGUGGUGACCAUGGCAACAGUCUCCCAGAUGGCGGCCUUAAAGACCCAAUGCAAACAGAACAGAAUGGACUGUCGAAUAGCUCUGUAACUUUAGCACCAGACAACAUGCAAAACAACUCAUCAGUAGUUUCAUAUGAUCAGAUGGAUCUACUCCCAAUUUCUUUUUUUUUUAUCCUCAUCAGCAUUAGCAUGGAUAUGUACGUGAGUAUGUCCCAGAGUAGGCCCCAUAUUUUGCAUUUCUAUUGUUUUCCAUGAAGUUAUGUGGUAAAAAGUUAGAUAUUUAAGUGGUUAAAGUAUGUACACCUUACAUGUAUGGAUGUACUGAUUCACAAAAUUCAUACAUAAAAUACAGCGUUGUCUCAAUUCAAUGUUUUUUGAUACAGCAGAAAUAGGGAGUCCUUGAAAAUCAGCCUUACGUUAAUGUUUUCAUUUUUGGUUCAUUAGAGCAUCCAGCAUUAUGAAAGUACAGCAUAUUAUAAUAAUGUGCUAAACACAACCUAAUUUAUGCUUAUGAGGAGGGUGCUUUUCCUCCUUGCUCUCAAUAUUGAGGUAAGAAGGAAGCGAUACUGUAAGAGGAGGGAGGGUCUGUCCUCAUUGUGGGCUUGUUUAAUUAUUAUUUUGCAACAUGCAGUAUAAUCAGUAUCAAAAUGAGUUUGUUGAAUGUAUUGUUCAGUACAUGUGUGUUGAAUUGAGAGGCUUGUAUUGAAAGAUAUACAAGAAUACAAUAUGUUGUGUUGUUUCACUCCUAAUUGCAAGUUCUUCUAACUGAAGAUGUUCUCUCUCUGUUUAUUUCAGCAGCCUACGUAUGGACCAUACCCGUUUGGAGAUUCUUAAAGCAAGAUGUUGAUCAUUCAGUAAUGAAUGAAACUGUGGCCUUGUGCUCACUCUGUCUGGAGGGAGAAGCAUAACGCAGAAUUCUUAAAGACACUUUGACGAACUGACUUCCCCUCCCGCCCCCCUGGCACCAUCAUCAUUAUAAUGACCAGGAUUUUGUUAUUUAGAGUUUUUAUACCCAGGGAUUUAAUAGCGGCCCCCCUGAGUAUGCAUGUGUGAAUGCUAAUUUAAGAGGAGUGCUUGUAGAAUCAAUUUUUAAGAGAAUUUUAUGAGGGAGGGGAAAAACUUCCUUUUCUUUGUUUUAUUUGACACUUUUAAUGGGAAUUCCAGCCUUUCAAUUCAAUCACUGAGAUGUAAACAAAGUUGUUUGGUGUGGUUUGAUAUUUUUUUUUGUUUUUUAAACAGUUUAAUUUACUAUUUAAAACCAUUGAUGAACGUAAACGUGUCGUCUGACUUUUUAUGUGUUCAUACUGAUGAUGGUAAAAUAGGAAGGAAUCGUUUUUCUUUGGGGACUAUUUUGGCUCAUAACACUGUGCAUGUACCACUCCACCACAAAUGGAUUUUUAAAAAAUAUGUUUUAGGCCAAAAUCUUGGUACAACUUUACAAUAAGACUGUCCUUAAAAAGGGUUUAUGAAUGGUUUAAAAGUAAUUUAGUUUAGUUUGUAUAGCAUAGUUGGUUAUAUCAAUGCCCUCCACAAGGCAGACUGGGGUUCAAUUGCCCUUGCCCUGGCUAGGCAAGCACACUGUGCUAUACCAGUAGGAGUCCUUGGGCAAGACUUCCAGCACUACAUUUGCCUGCCUCUGUAUCAUGAUUACAAUUGUAAAUCGCUCUGGAUAAGAGUAUCUGCCAAAUGCUGUAGAUGUUAUGCAAAUGAUGAGUGAUUGAGAAGAAAGUAUGAGCAACCAGCAAGAUCUGAGGUUUAACAGUGUAGCUGAAUGUGGGCUUAUUAUUAGGCAAGCAUCAGGCCACUGUUGCCAUUUUUAUGUGUUGUAACUGCUUAUUGUGAUUUUUAAGGUGUGUAUGACCUGAUUAAUGACUAUUAAACUCAUCUACCUUUAAAAGGGCAGUCUUAGUCUUAUUAGUGCUACCAAAUCUUGUCUAAUGACAAUAUCUCAAGCAUGAGGCAACAUAUUCAUAACCAUUUCAUGUAAUAACUUCUUGUGAUGUCACUUUUAGAGGCAUUAAACUCUUCAGACAUCUGGUUCAUAUCACCACCGCUGAAGUUUUUUUGGAAUGCCCCAUUUCAUAUCAAACCGCUCUGAAUUACCUUGUUUACAUUUUAAUAAGAAUUAGAAAUGUUGGUGGAAUUCCCCUUUAAUUUCCAAGCUUUCAUCAGAGACGAUGAUGAUAAUUGCCAGUGAGGGUUUGUACUAGGAUAAGGUCAACCGUUUGAUGCUACGCUUACUGUUUUAACUCUCUGGUAAUGUAAUAGCUCAAUGGGGGUUACAUGAACCAUGCUUCACUCACUGGCAAACUGCAUUGACAAUCAGGUUGAAUAUUCAUAGUGGAUCGAAGGAACGUUCAAGUAAGAACCAUUCAUUGCUGUGUUACAAAAGGCUGGCAACUUGUUUUAGGCCGGGGGGUGCUAAGAGUUUGCUUGUGCAAAAAAAAAAAGUGCCACUGAGGAACAAGCCAUGUGAAACAAUUUUGUUUGGCUUACUCAUUUACUGAUCUUUACUUGAAUUUCUAUUUUUUUCCCUGUUUGAAUUUGAUUAGUGGCAGUUUUGAUAAAAAGAACAAUAGGCAAUGCUACACUAUUAUCAGCACAGUCUGAAUCACUGCAGAAUGAUCUGUCUGGGUUCACUGCAGACAUGCUGUUGUCUGUCUUACCAGCAGAGGGAGCCAGAUACAAGAAAGUUAAGCUGGUAGGCUUGAAAAGAGCUCCUUGUUUGACUGUCUUUGCUGUGUGAUACUGCAUUUAUUUCACUUAAUCCCACUGCCUAAUACUUUGCAUUUAAAUGUAGUUUUAUUUAUUAGAUGAAUGCUGAUUGCAUUUGCUGAAUGUAGUUUACUGUUUUUAUGAAGUUCCGUUGCUGUCAUUUCUGUAGCCGUGCAAGACUGACCCAGGGAAUUAAAGACUUACUUAAGCUUU